AAGGCGGGCCAGAUGUCUAUCAAUCCGUCAGAGAAUAUCGCAUGAUCAGUUCUUCAUAUUGCAUGAGCUCAUUGUCGGGCUUCUGGAGGCUGGGCAAUAUGCAUUAUGUACUUUGUACACAAGCAUGGCCAGGAUCGAAGUCGUGAAACGAUCCUAUAAGUUGGCAGCAUCAUGUACUCCAGUAACGGUGUGACAUCCCACAUCCUUCAUUCAGCUCACAGUCUUCUCUUUCAUCAUGUUGUCGACUUCGAACCUUGCAGUGUUCCUGGGUGUUUGCGCCUCCCGCGCAUCCGCCUGGGUCAUUGGAACGGAGCAGUCCGAAACCCACCCAAAGAUGACCUGGCAGCGCUGCACAGGCAGCGGUGGCAAUAGCUGCACCAACGUCAACGGAGAGAUUGUCAUCGAUGCUAACUGGCGCUGGCUCCAUGCUGUUGGAGGCUACACCAAUUGCUUCGACGGCAACGAGUGGAACACCACGGCGUGUGCGACCAACGCCGCAUGUACCAAGAACUGUGCUAUCGAAGGAUCAGACUACCGCGGUACCUACGGCAUUACGACCUCUGGCAAUGCUCUUACUCUCAAAUUCGUUACGAAGAACCAAUACUCUACCAACAUUGGAUCACGCACGUACCUCAUGAAAGAUGCAAACAACUAUGAGAUGUUCAACCUUAUCGGAAAUGAAUUCACCUUCGACGUCGACAACUCGCAGUUGCCAUGCGGUCUCAAUGGAGCGUUGUAUUUCGUUUCCAUGCCCCAGAAGGGCCACGGUACACCCGGUGCAAAGUACGGGACUGGUUACUGUGACGCUCAAUGUGCUCGAGACCUGAAAUACAUCGAUGGCAAAGCCAACGCAGAAGGUUGGCAAGCAUCCGAAUCUGACCCCAAUGCGGGUAUUGGCAGGAAUGGUGCAUGCUGUACCGAGAUGGACAUUUGGGAGGCAAACUCGGUCUCCACGGCUGUGACCCCACACUCUUGUCAACCUGAAGGCUACUCAGUCUGCACAGACGAUACAUGUGGCGGAACAUACUCGCUCGAUCGUUACGCCGGCUCCUGCGAUGCGAAUGGUUGCGACUUCAACCCAUACCGUGUCGGCGCAAGGGACUUCUAUGGCAAGGGCAAGUCUGGUGUAGACACAUCAAAGAAGGUGACAGUCGUCACACAGUUCUUGGGAUCUGGAGGAUCGCUCAGCGAAAUUAAGCGCUUCUAUGUGCAGAACGGCAAAGUCAUCGCUAACCCGGAGCCCACAAUCCCUGGCAUGACAGGCAACUCGAUCACCCAAGAAUGGUGCAACACGCAGAAGGAAGUCUUCCAGGAGGAAGUCUACCCCUUCAACGAGUUCGGCGGCAUGGAGUCCAUGGGCAGGGGUAUGAAUUUGGGCAUGGUGCUCGUCAUGAGUCUUUGGGACGACCAUUACGCCAAUAUGCUUUGGCUUGACAGCAGCUACCCUACUGACAAGGAUCCGGAGCAGCCUGGUGUCGCUCGCGGCGAGUGCGACAUCAACAGUGGUGUGCCAGCCGAUGUGGAGGCUGCCAACCCGAACGCGCAAGUUAUCUUCUCGAACAUCAAGUUCGGGCCCAUCGGCAGCACUUUCGCGCAGCCUGCUUGAGUCUAUCGGGGCACACGAUGAACUUCGUGGUUGCUUUCACUGUCUCUCUGGCUCUGGCUCUACGCACCUGACCGGGUGUCGCUUGUACAUAAAUCUGUCUGAUCACGUCAUUCGCUUCAUUAUGAUCAGAGACAAAUCAAUCAACGCUGUACAGUCC